AUUCUUUCAGCCGCCUGAGGAGCAACUGAGGAGCUGCUGAUGCUCACUGCUGCUGCUGCUGCUGCCUUACCUCCUGUCCUCUUCUCCCCCUACUAAUCACGUCGGCCUUGACCUAUUGUUUCUGCUCCGUCAAUCUCUGCCCCUUGCUCCCCUGCUUGAACAUGUCCUUCCCCUUCUAUCCCGAAGCCUUCGCUCUUCUGAUCGCCACUUCGGCAGAGGGCCCUCCCGCCUACCGAUCUCGCCAGGACUUCGCCGCUAGCCACCGUUUCCCCCCUCUCCCCGUCUUGAACACCUCGACUUACGCACGCGCCAGAGGUGCCCACGCCUUUCAGCAUCUGGCUGCAGGUCACACGUGCACUCCUGAAUGUCAUGUCGAUAGACGUCAGUUUCGGGCUGCGAUGUUAGUUUCGAGACGACCUGCCUCCUAUGAAUCCUGUUUAUCCUGCUGGUCCUGUACAGGAUCCUGACGCCUGAACCAUUCUGCCAUCCUGACCGCCAUCCUGAACUCUGGCCUGAAUGUUAACUCUUCUAGAUCUCAUCAGUCAAACGGCA